ACCAAAAAGAAAGAGAAAAAAAAAAACAAUGACCAAGGAAAACAAACGGUUUGUUUUUGUCUUGUUGAGGUUUCUGCUCCUGUUUCCAUGGCUUUGAUCAUACAUUGUUAGGUUUGGAGAGAGAGGAGAAGAAACAAGCCUCCAAGUUUUCUCUCCUGGUUCUUGAGCCAUGAACGAGAAAACAAGGACCCUGUGUUCCCUCCUCUGUUUCUUCUCUGUUCUUCUAGUCUCUAUCUCUCAAUCUAACGGACAAGAUCUCGCGUUGUCCUGCGGAGCAUCGGAACCAUCUUCAGAUCCAGACAAGAAGAAAUGGGAACCAGACACCAAGUUCUUGAAAACUCCAAACACGGUUCACGCAACAGCUACGUAUCAAGAUCCAUCUCUUCUCUCGACAAUUCCUUACAUGACAGCAAGAAUCUUCACAGCUCCCGCCACUUACGAGAUCCCGGUUAAAGGAGACAAAAGACAUUUGCUCCGGUUACAUUUCUACCCAUCAGCAUACACGGGACUCAACAUCGAUGACGCUUACUUCUCCGUAGCAGCUAACGAUGUCACCCUUCUAAGCAACUUUAGUGCUUCUAUCACAUGUCAAGCCUUAACACAAGCUUACCUAAUCAGAGAAUAUUCUCUUGCACCAACCCUAAAAGAUGCCUUGACCAUCACCUUUACUCCCUCGGAUAAACAUCCUAAAGCGUUUGCUUUCAUAAACGGUAUUGAAGUCGUUGAGAUGCCAGAACUGUUUGAUACAGCUGUUCUCGUUGGGUUCACAGAUCAAACAGCAGAUGCUAAGUCCGCUAAUCUUCAGACCAUGUUUAGACUUAACGUUGGUGGUCAGGACAUUCCUGGAAGCCAAGACUCUGGCGGGUUAACAAGAACUUGGUACAACGAUGCUCCUUACAUAUUCAGCGCAGGUCUUGGUGUUACCCUUCAAGCAAGCAACAACUUCAGGAUUGACUACCAGAAAAUGCCGGUCUCGACCGCUCCACCAGAUGUCUACAAAACAGCUAGAUCACAAGGACCAAACGGAGACAUCAACGUUAAUUCUAAUCUCACAUGGAUGUUUCAAGUCGAUACUAACUUCACUUACAUCAUGAGACUCCACUUCUGCGAGUUCCAGCUUUCUAAAGUCAACCAAAAAGCUUUCGACAUCUACAUCAACAACAGAACAGCACAAGGAGACGUCAACGCCGCGGAUAUAAUCGCGUGGUCAGGUGGGAAAGGUGUCCCUACGUACAAAGACUACGCGAUGUACGUUGAUGCUAGCAACGGUGGAGCAGGAGGCGAAGAGGUUUCACUUCAGAUGACUCCUUCCAAAUUUGCUAAACCGGAGUAUCUCGACUCACAGCUCAACGGGCUAGAGAUUUUCAAGAUGGACACGAUGAAAAACCUAGCCGGUCCGAACCCUAAACCAUCAGCUAUGCAAGCUAACCAAGAUGGUAAAAGAGAGUUUCGAAGAGACAAAAGAGUCAUAGCUUUUAUCAUCGGUUCCAUUGGUGGAGUCGCAGCGGUUUUGCUAUGUGCGUUGUGUUUCACAAUGUAUCAAAGGAGACGUAAGUCCCAAGGAAGCGAUUCUUACACAUCGAGUUGGCUUCCUAUAUACGGAAACUCACACACAACCGCGACAAAAUCUACUAUUUCCGGUAAGAGCAACACGGGAAGCCACUUAUCUAACCUUGCAGCGGGUCUAUGCCGAAGGUUCACGUUGUCUGAGAUCAAACACGGAACUCAAAACUUCGAUGAGUCAAACGUGAUAGGAGUGGGAGGGUUUGGUAAAGUUUACAAAGGAGUUAUAGACGGAACCACGAAAGUGGCCAUCAAGAAAUCAAACCCUAAUUCGGAACAAGGUCUAAACGAGUUCGAGACAGAGAUAGAACUUCUCUCGAGGUUAAGACACAAACACUUGGUCUCUUUGAUCGGUUACUGCGACGACGGUGGAGAGAUGUGUUUGAUAUACGAUUACAUGUCACUCGGAACACUUAGAGAGCAUCUUUACAACACCAAGAGACCUCAGUUAACUUGGAAAAGACGUCUAGAGAUCGCUAUUGGAUCAGCAAGAGGGUUGCAUUACCUUCACACGGGUGCGAAGUACACGAUCAUACACCGUGACGUGAAGACAACGAACAUCUUGCUCGAUGAGAAUUGGGUUGCUAAAGUUUCCGACUUCGGUUUAUCCAAAACCGGACCGAACAUGAACCAAGGUCAUGUCACGACCGUUGUCAAAGGAAGCUUCGGGUACUUAGAUCCAGAGUACUUUAGGAGACAGCAGUUAACCGAGAAGUCAGAUGUGUACUCUUUUGGAGUUGUUCUGUUCGAGAUCUUAUGCGCUAGGCCGGCUUUAAACCCUAGCUUGCCUAAGGAGCAAGUGAGUCUUGGAGACUGGGCGAUGAACUGUAAAAGGAAAGGGACGUUAGAGGAUAUCAUUGAUCCUAAUCUUAAAGGGAAGAUUAAUCCUGAGUGUUUGAAGAAGUUUGCGGACACGGCGGAGAAGUGUCUUUCCGAUAGUGGUUUAGAUCGGCCGACGAUGGGAGAUGUUUUGUGGAACCUUGAGUUCGCACUUCAGUUGCAAGAAACUGCUGAUGGGUCGCGUCAACCAACGCCUAGUCGUGGAGGUGAGUCAGAGGAUUUAGCCGGAGGUGGUGGUAUGGAGGUUAACGUCGUCGGCGCCGGAGAACAUGACGCGAGUGACAUGUCCUCGGAAGAUAACAGUGGGAUAUUUUCUCAAAUUGUAAACCCUAAAGGGCGAUAAGAUAAUUUCACGACCGAACAGAAAAAAAAGAUAUCCAGUUUUUUUUUGUGUGUGUUCCUGAUGUGGAAAGUAAGAGGAGACUCUGUAUUAAUCCCUUUUCUUUAUGUAACUAGAUCUUCUUUCUUUUUA